GGAGACCUAACCCAUUUAUUUAUGCCCCAAAUCAUAUAUAGAAACUCGCGAGAUUCGUCUUUUCACCGAUUUCCAUUUCCAUAAAGUUUCCUUCUUUCUUUUGCUCUCUGAAAAUUGAACCCUGAAAAUAUGUCACAGAAGAUAGAGAAGGAAGAAACCGAGGUCAAGGUACCGGAAAAUCUCCCCAUAUGCAUCCCCCCGCCGCCGCCGACGACGACGACGGCGAUUCCGGCUGCCAGAUCGACGGAGAGCUCAGAUCUGAAGGUUUCGGAUUCGUGCGACCGUAGAACCAGCUCCGCUAUUUCGCCGGAUCUGGUUUCUCCGGUGGAGAAAAAGCAAGGGGGAUUGAAGAGACCCAGGGAGGUGACCAGGUGCUCCGGAUCGGGUUGCAGAAAGCGAAUCGGGUUGACCGGUUUCCAGUGCAGAUGCGGAGAUACCUUCUGCUCGGAGCACAGAUACUCCGAUCGGCACGAUUGCAGCUACGAUUACAAGGCGGCUGGCCGGGAGGCCAUCGCGAGGGAGAAUCCGGUCGUCAGAGCUGCCAAACUCGUCAAGGUUUGAAGGAAGAAAAACCUUCGCCGGAGGAAAAUCAUAGAUCUGUGGUUUUUUUUUUUUUUUUGGUGGUGUGCGUUUUUCGGUGUUAGCUGAGUCUUGUUUAAUUAAUUAAUUAAUUAAUUAAAUAAUUAAUUACGUAGAAUUCCUCUGUAGUGGUUGGUCGGAAGACGACGACGACGACGAUGGGUUGUGUUGUAAAUUAGAUGAAAAAGUAGGGGCGUGAUUGUCAAUUUAGGUUUCUUCUUCGUCAUAAUUAUAUUAUUAAUAUUAAUUAAAUGGGGAGUGCAAAAUUCUUGCUUUUUAUUCCAUUUAUUGUACUAUUAUAAAUAUAUAAUUAAUUAUAUUUUUUUUUUAUGA